CCUUAGAGAAAAUGCUCUUGUUAGUACUAUCUGUGUAGGAUAGUUAUUCCAGAAAUUUCUCUUGUGAUUUGUAAGAAUAUGCAGCACACGUUUUUUUAGCGUAUUAUUUAUCGCGUAUACGGUGGCAUGUAUCAGCUGUGAAUCUUAUUUGCGCAUGCUUUUCUUCAUGGUUUGCGAGGUCGUGUGGAAGUGGGAUUUGUUGACGAUGCACAAACUGAAGUACUCUCAAAAGGAAAAAGUAAAGCAGUUUAUCGCUUUUACGCAGACGGGCGAGAAAACAGCAAUAUACUGUCUUUCCCAACAUGAUUGGAAAUUGGACGUAGCGUCAGAUAAUUAUUUUCAAAAUCCUGAACUGUAUUUUCGUGAACAAAAAGCUGCUAUUGACAAAAGAAAGUUAGAAAACUUGUAUUCAAAAUACAGAGAUCCUCAUGAAGCGGAUAAAAUAACAGCAGAAGGUAUAAUGAGGUUUCUUGAAGACCUGAAUCUUUCUCCUGAGAGUAGACUUGUUUUAAUUACAGCCUGGAAAUUUAAGGCAGCCACACAGUGCGAGUUUACUAAAGAGGAGUUUAUUUCUGGAAUGACUGAAUUAGGGUGUGAUUCAAUUGAAAAACUGAAAUAUAAACUACCAACUCUGGAAAAUGAGUUAAGAGAUGCAAUAAAAUUUAAGGAUUUUUAUAACUUUACUUUUAAUUAUGCGAAAAAUCCAGGCCAGAAGGGUUUAGAUUUGGAUAUGGCUAUUGCAUAUUGGAAUAUUGUCCUUCCGGGGCGUUUCAAAUUUUUAGAUUUGUGGUGUCAGUUUCUCCAAGAACAUCAUAAACGAUCCAUCCCUAAAGAUACUUGGAAUUUACUUUUAGACUUCUGUAAUAUGAUUUCAGAUGACAUGAGUAAUUAUGAUGAAGAAGGUGCUUGGCCUGUUUUAAUUGAUGACUUUGUUGAGUGGGCUAAACCAAUCGUAAGUGCUGGACGAAGUACGCAAGUAUGAUGCCAAGUGAUGAUUAUCUAGUGUGUUCUUUGUAAUGAUACAGCUAAAGCUGUAUGGUGCAUCAUCUUCAACUAUGGUACCACAUUUUGUUUGCUACAGCAAAUUUGUAUAAUAAAAGCCACUGUAAAUAGUACAUCUUGUACAUCCAUUGUAGAAAUAAAAGUUCUGCUGUCUGAUUUCUAAUGUUUUCAAUAUUGAAUGCCUGAAGCUUAUUUGUUUGAAAGGAUUUAGAAGGCAUUACUCAUUGUACGCUUGUCAAUUUUAAAAUAACGUCUAUUUUUGUUGAAAAUAAAACAUAGCAGUUUAAGAAAG